AUGGAACCUGUAGGUCUUCGAGUUUUCUCGGUGUUGAUUCCGUCACUGGUUCUGUUACUGCUCUGCCUGGAUUCAGUACUGGGUCGUUAUUCGGAGGACCAGUGCAGCUGGAGAGGAAGCGGGCUGUCCCGGCCGCAGGGGACGGUGGAGCAGGUUUGGCUGCGCUGUGCCGAGGGCAGUGUGGAUUGGCUUUACCCAUCAGGAGCUCUCAGACUCAGUUUAUCUCCACGCCUGCCGAGGGGUGUACUCUACGCCUGCAUUAAACCCUCCCAGCAUUUCGGCGGUGCUCAGAUUUACCUGGAGAAGAGUGGCGUUUUAGAACUGCUGGUUGGAGACAGACCCCCCCCUCAGGGUCCCCCACAGGUUCGCUGUUUCAGCGCCACACCUGGGGAGGACGCAACUCUCUUCCUGCAAGCCACGCCCCAUCAGGACAUCAGCCGGCGAAUUGCUGCCUUCCGCUACGAGCUGAGAGGGGAUUGGACAGCCCGACUGUCCAUGGAUUCUCAGCCAAUUAGUGUUGAGGGCGCCUGCAGGCCCUGUAAUGACUCUGAGAUUUUGAUGGCUGUGUGCACCAGUGACUUUGUGUUUCGUGGGAAUAUCCAUGCGGUGGAGCUGGACGCAGACCUGCGUGCGGCUGUGAUUAAGGUGGCCGUCACGCGGGUGUUCCGGCAGAAGUUCUCUCUGUUCUCUGGGCCGGGAGGGAGCGGGGAGGUCCGGACUCUGCUGGAGUGUGGCGUCAGGCCCGGCCCCGGCACCUUUCUGUUCACGGGUCGGGCUCAUUUUGGCCAAGCGUGGUUAGGAUGCGCCCCACGCUACAGAGACUUCCAGAAAGCAUACAGCCGCGCAAAACAGCACCUGCACCUGCCGUGCCAACUGGACACAGACUGA